AUGGAUGAUCAACAUUUAGUUGAGAUUGCCAGGCAAUAUGGGGGCAACCUGCCAGCUCCAGAGGCAGCUGGCCUCAGGCCCGGUUUUGGCGUGCAGCCAGUUCCUGACGACCAGGCUGGCCCCAGGCCGGGUUUGCCUCUGCGCCGUAGAAGCAAAGGCGCUUUGCUACGAUUGCUCGGAACGAAGCAAAACUGUCAGACCUUGCGAUCCGCAGCAUUCCGAAAGCAAGCUGCCCACGCCAAUAGCACUGGCCGAAAUCGCACCAAAGAUUUUGUUAUACCAGAUUCUUCAAGUGCAAAAAGGCAGGCCCCAAGAGGAAAAGGCAAGUGGAAGCAAUGGACCCCAGAUGCGGUUCUCAGAGCGGCUUUUGCCAAAGAGAAUAUGGUGAUACGACAUGUCGCCGAACAAGUGGAUGGAGGCAGCGCCAGUCAUGCCGCCGAUUGCAAGUUUUUUGCCUCUGAAUUGAUCAUGCGGGGACAAAGGGAUGGCUUGUCCAAAUUCCUCGAGGAGGCGCUGAAAGAUGUUGGGAUGUUUGAUUUUGCGCUGACCAACAUGAUCUUUGAUGAGACGGAGCUGGAAAUAAAUCUGAAGUCCUUUGGACUCGGGUCCUGGUCGAUCCUUGCUUCUCAUGCUCAGAUGACUUUCUGUGUCAAUGACCAGACGCAUGAUUUCGAUUUUAUCCGCGCACCUGCGGCCCUUCCCAACAAACAGGCAACCACUAUGUGGCCCGCACUCUGCGCAGGCGAGGGGGGCCUCUGGCCGGGUUUGUCCGCAGUGGCAGCCAGGGUCAGGGCGGUGCUGGUUACCUGCGACGCGGCUCCAGCGAACAUCAAGCUCCUCUCGCACCUGCAGAGUGUCCUGGACCAAAGGACGUUGCUUCUCCCGCUCUUGUGUCUCCAACACAGAACGGGGAAUGUCAUCGAGCGAGUCACUAAGCUGUUGGGCGUGUUGACCGGAAGUUUUUCUGUGGCCAAGACAUUACGUUCCGGCAGCGUUGUGAAAAGGCUAGCUGGUCACGUUCGAGACGUGCUGGCAGAGAAUCUUCAGGUCUUUGACCGGGUUCCUCCAGGCGUUGUUGAAGAGUGGGCCGCUGGGCAAGCGUGUGCCAAAGCUAUCUUUAAGCUUGUGCUGCAAGGGCGCGACGACGACAAAGCCAGCGGUGACUUGCGAUGUCAGACUGCGGCUGGCCUCUGGCCGAGUUCUGAUCUCCGCGAGAACCCUUUGAGCCUGACUACCGCCUUGAACAAGUCCAAGGGCAUCCUCGUGGCUGACACCUAUGGUGGCGUUGAAGCCUAUCGAUGGGCACGAGAUGCCUACAAUGCCAGGCACCCGAUGCAUGUGAUGGUCGAUAUGUCGGCCUCCGUGCCUGGUUGCAAUGGCAGGCUUUGGCUUGGAGGUGAGCAGGCCAGCACAGACGUAGGUCUGCUCGAGAAAAACGGCAUUUCUGUCGUGUUGCCAGCUUCGCGCACUCCUAUCCCGGCUGAGAGCCUCAACCACGUGGUCCUUGACUACAUUGACGGGACGGCCUUAGCGAAUGAGGACUACGACUUGUCCAAGUUCCUUAAGGUCGCUGACCAGGUUGUGGACUUGCUGAAGAAAGGCCACGGGGUCUUAAGUUCAUGCAGAAACGGAGCUCAUCGCAGCGCGACAGAGACGUGCGUUCUGAUCAUGCGACUCACUGGGUGGCCGUAUGAGCAAGCAGAAAAUUACAUCUGCACUCUUCGAAACUGCGUGGAUCUAAAUUCUGUAGCGCCUCCGUCUGCUCACAGGAGGCAUCCGGUUCGUCCGUCCGAGUUCCUCAAGCAGCACCAGGAGACGAUCCUGGAUGGACACUACGGCCUUGCAGUGAAUGACAUUGUCACGCCUGUGGCAUACCGCAAGAAAAUGCUGGACCUGGGUUUCGAAUCCAUUUCGACCAGGCCUAAGGCCAAGCCUGCCAAGGCUAUCAGACGAGAUUCUGGUUACUCGUCUUUUGAGCUUCUGACGGAUCCGGCCAGUGCCAGUGGCCAGGAAACAGCCAAGGAGGUUGAGUUGGUUGCAGAGGAUGUCCUAGGUGGAACCACCUUGAGUUCAGAAGGUGGGUCUUUGACCUCGUCUUCUGUGGCCUCUGGCCAGGUCCCUGAGCCAAAGGAUCCACCCGCGCAGUCCCAUUCACCUGGCAAAAGAAAGGAGUCUGAGGCAGAGGACGACUUUGCCGAGUUUGAAGUGGUUGAUGAUGAUUUGGAUACGAAAGAGAAGCGAGCGGCAAAGUUGACUUCAUUGUGUGACGACCUGCAGACCCUCAAUGCCUCGAUGCUGAAGCUCCUGCACCCCAAAGAGACCUCCAGGCCACAGCAAAAGGCUAUGCCAAAGCCGCCUUCGGAAGCGAAGAAGGAUGAGGUGAAAGCCGAGAACAAGAUGGACAAGAUGGAUGUCGACGAGGGUGCGGCUUCCCCGGCCAAGGUUGUGGCUGCAUCCAGCACUGAGGAGCCCUUUGAGCCAGAUUACGACCCAGACGACCCCGAGCCAGAAGAACCAGCCCCCUCACCUCUGAAACCGGAUGAAAGUGAGCAAUCCGAAGAAGUGAUGAAGCGGGUCUUGCGCUUGCUCGAAGAACAGCGCUUGCAUAGCCACGCCUUUUUGGCGAAGUCCUCGAGGCAGGAUUCAUUCAGCGAGAAUCAGGAAAGGAUCUUUGCGGCGCUCAUGGGUCCUACGCCUCUGGCGGUGUUGCCAAUGCUUGAUGAUAUGGCUGCCAGCCAGGCCCUGCUGCUCAGGGACAAGAAUGGCAUGAGCCUCUUGCACUUCUCUGCGCGCCUUGGCUGCUGGGAGGUCAUGGACCGCAUGUUGCAGAUUAAUCCUCAGCUCUGUGACCAGAUGACGUCGCCAGUUGGUCGUCCUGCACACUGGUCUCCCCUGAUGAUCUUGAUCGAUGCGGGGCAGGCGCGGGAUCCACAGACCUUCAGGUACAUGCUGGCGCGUUUGCUACAGGAGACCAGUUUGACGACCAUCGAGGCCAGGGGUGCCAAUGGGACUUCUGCCUUGCACAUGGCGACGAGCAAAGGCAUGUUCAACGCCACCAAGCAGAUCCUGUACGCUGUGUACAACAAAAACAGGGCAGACUUGGCGGCCUUCGGCCUGGUUACUUCCAUGCUGAACACGCCAAAUGGUCGCGGUGCUGGCUGCGUUGAUCUGGCACUGCGGUGCAACGUGGAUUUGGCCAUGUACCUGCAGAACCAGUGGAACGCACGUCCUCUUCUCCCGCCACGUGUUGGAUAUGCGGGGAACGGUCUCACAGCUUUCUCAGACCAUAGACGCCUUUGCCCCGUAGGACCGCCUUGCCACAUCUGCUCCGGGUGCUGCGCUAGCAGACUGGAGUCCGUGGAUCGAGCGGCGGCCCUUUUUCAAGAAGUUUUUCUACAUGCGCUGACAAUCCCGGCGUUGAAUAAGUGGACGACCGUAGCGCCGUCUAUGACCUUGGUCGCAGCGAUGCAGCAGUGCUACGACGUCGUCCCGCAGGCCUUUGGUCGGUGUUUUGCACGCGGCCAAGCAGAAGAGUCCAGCGACGACUCUGGGGGUGAAGACGCUGCAUUGGGGGUUCCCAGAGACCAGACAAAACAAUGGAGGAAGCUAGCUAGAAAGAGGCAACAGAAGGCCGCCUUCUUUUUGCAGGAUCAAGAGUCCCGUUUCUUGACAAUGCUCUGGGGCAUUGUGACGUUCUGCGUCAUGACCGUUCACUACUCCUUGUUCAAGCGGGGAACUUGGCUCACAGAGCGCGUUGAAGAUGAGACAGUUGACGCCUGGAUUCCUUUGAUUGGUUUGUAUGGGCCUCUGCUCUCGUGGCCGCAGAGGAGGUUGCGAAGCACCAGGCGCUGCUUGCUUACGGAGCUCAAGACAGUGGUGGAGGAUCCUCGUGGCCUGGUGGCUGCCAAAACUUUGAAGUUUUUAGCCUCUGUCUUUGACCGGUUGGUGCCAACGUCCACCUGCAUUGAGCGGGCUUUUGCUAGACUAAGCAGAUGGUGUGACCGUAAGGGGCCGAAACCUCAACUGUCCACGCUUGCCGCAAAAAAUGCUGUGUAUCAUUUUCGACACCUGACAGAUCACUGGCGGGCCAAAGCUCGAAAGCUUGGUGUUAUCCGCAAAGGCAAGAGUCACCGAUGUAGGCCUGACUGGGCCCAUGGUGUACGCAAAGGACGGUGUCGCAAUGGGUUGCACAUGUUUGCCAGAGAAAAUGGUUUGAAUCCUUCCGAUGAUUUGGCUCGUCAGUGGCGCUUGCAGCCUCGUGCAGAGAGGAGGCGCUUUGCCGCGCUGGCUAGAGCUGCUAACUUGCAGGCAAGAACUUUGCAGAGGUGCGACGCAAGGGCUGCCCAAGAGUCUGCUGCCCUUACUGGCAGCUUUUGGAAUAUGAGUGCAAGCACUGGCUUCCCAAUGGCCAAAUCGAUCGUUGCAGGACAUCUGCAUUCUCUGAAAGAUUAUGCCAGAAAUUUCCGCGUUUCCACUGAUUCGCUGCUUCCUGAGAGCCCAAAUAGUUUUGCUGGCGCACCAGCAGUGCCCUUUUCAUUGUGGGCCUCGUGCCAGGUUGGAGCUUGCCCUCAUGAACUGACGGCCCCCCAGCAAGAAUGCUUCUGGUCUUUGCAUGAAAUGUUGGUGCUAGUGAUUGGCAGCCAAAGCCCGGAUCCCACGGUUGCAUCAAAGGAGCCGCUUGUUCUGGAAUUUUGUUCUCAGAGAGCUGCGGCGUCCCGCCAAGUUGUUGUUGCUUACAACACGCGGAAGAAACCCAUCGAUGCAGCGCUCAUCGCUCUGCGUCCGCUCCCUCCAUCUGAAGUUCCGCAUCAGUUUCUUCAAAUUUUGGCAUGCGAGACAGGCGUAGAUGGACAAUUUCCUUUGGUCGGGGACGUGCCAAUGUGUGUCGAGCUGGCAAGCCAAGCGACUGAUUGGGAGUUGUUUGUUCUCUCUGUUGGUCCUAUCACAGACCUUCAUCUCUUCCAUAUUGUAGCUGCUAAGCGUGUAGAUUUCGUAGCCCUGAUGCUUGAAGUUGGAAGCGCCAGAGAGACCAAAAAGGCUUUAGAUGCUUUGAAAAAAAUGGAGAAGAAAAAAAUGGCUGCAAGCCAAUCCAGCAGCCAUAGGGCAGGUGGAGAGCGGCAGGGACCGAGCAAAGGACGUGGCAAGGGCAAAGCUGCCAAAGGCGCAAUGGAGAGAGCAAACAGACCAGACACGCAUGGAGAUCGUGACGACGCGCUUGAUGACGGAGGCUCUUCGCAGUCGGACGAGGACUCUGUUGCUGAUGUAGACGAUGCUGAGGUUGACUUGUCGCUUGCCCCUCCUCCUUCCUGCCCGCCUCUGGCGUCGGUUGCUCCACGACGCCGCAACGUGAGACGCGGGCAUGUUUGGGGCUCCAGCCCAGCAUUUCAAAUCGCUCCCAUCCAUGCAGCAGGCAGUGCGGAGCCCACAGGAUUUGGUGCGAUUUGCGGCAUGCACCAUGACCCCGCCAACCCAACGCUGCAGUGCAAAAAAGCCAUGUCUUGCGGAGGCCUGACCCCUGAGGAGUGCAAGCUUCGUUUGAAGCGCUGGCUUGUCGCCGGGUUGGAUUCCGGCAGGUGGGGCGCCAACAAGCGAGAGAGCCAUGUUAGCAUGGGCGGCGUUCAGCUGUCCCAUUUCGCUGAAGGCCUGAGUUUGGAAGACUUAGACAGAGCGGUGAGCCAUCAGGAAUAA